GUGAUCUCACCUCCUCUCCACCCCUUUCCUAUCUGCCGCUGCUGCUGCUGCCAGCCUCAGCACCCCCCACCCCCCCCCAAAAAAAACACACACACACACACACAGCGCUACGUUCCCGGGAGCAGUGGUGUGUUCCGCUGGUGUGGUGUGUGGUGGCGUGUGCGCACAGAGACAGGAGACAGAGACAGAGAGACCGGUGCCUUGUUCGAUUCCUGGCGGUCCACGGUGGAUUUCUCCCCUUCUUCCCUGACCAGGACCCCACUAUAUCCUGAGCGACGGCAGCCACCAUGGAAGAGCUCACGGCAUUCGUGUCGAAGUCGUUCGAUCAGAAGACCAAGGAGAGCACCAAAGAGAGUAUCACGUACAGGGAAGUUUUGGAGAGCGGCUUGAACCGGGCGAGGGAGCUGGGCAGCCCGGAGACAAACCUGCAGGACCUAGCGGAGGGCACCCACUGCCCGGUGCAUCUGUUCAAGGACCACGUCGAGCUGGAGAAGGAGAAGCUCAAGGACUUUAAUGUUUCCAGAGGGACAGAUGGGAUAUACGAGUGCAAGGAGAAGAAGGAGGACGUGAAGUCGGAGGACGAGGACGCACAAGGCAAACUGAAGCAGCGGAGGAGUCGCACGAACUUCACCCUGGAGCAGCUGAACGAGCUGGAGCGGCUCUUCGACGAGACGCACUACCCGGACGCGUUCAUGAGAGAGGAGCUGAGUCAGCGGCUGGGGCUGUCCGAGGCCCGGGUGCAGGUUUGGUUUCAGAACAGAAGAGCGAAAUGUCGAAAACAAGAAAAUCAGAUGCACAAAGACAUCUUUCCCUUCUCUCCAGGUGUUAUUCUGGGCGGCGGCAGUCACCUGGACGCCUGCAGAGUAGCACCCUACGUCAACAUGGGCGCUCUCCGGAUGCCCUUCCAGCAGGUCCAAGCCCAGCUCCAGUUGGACGGCGUCGCCCACUCACACCCCCACCUGCACCCUCACCUGGCCGCUCACGCUCCCUACCUGAUGUUCCCGCCCCCUCCCUUCGGACUACCAAUCGCAUCUCUCGCCGAUUCAGCCUCUGCAGCGGCGGCAGUGGCGGCGGCUGCCAAAAGCAACAGCAAGAACUCGAGCAUCGCCGACCUGCGACUCAAGGCAGGACUUCUGCGGGGCCAGUGGCUCAGUCCACUCCAGGCACAGAUCACAUCCCAAGGACCGUACAAACACAUGUGGAUGUCGGUCUGAGGUUCGGGCCGGCGCCCGUCAGACCAGAGGACGUUAGAACAAAGCAAACUGGGCAGGCAGCGG